GAAAGAAAAGUAAUGCACUCCUAAAGAGUAACCACAAAAGUAAUUGCAAAGAUGUUAAUUAACGCUAACACAAUCGUGGAGAGCAAAAAGAUUAUACUAGUACCUUAUGAAGCCCACCACGUCCCACGUUAUCAUCAAUGGAUGCAGUCGGAAGAGCUCCAAAAGCUGACAGCAUCGGAAUCAUUGUCAUUGGGAGCUGAGUUCCAAAUGCAGCAAAGCUGGAGACAAGAUGAAGACAAAUGCACUUUUAUAGUACUUGACCUUGGGUUGUACAAUGACUCCGAGAAAAGCAAUGAGGAUGAAAUUUCUGCAAUGGUUGGCGAUGUGAAUCUGUUUUUCAAUGACAAGGAUAACAAGCAUUCUGCAGAAAUAGAAAUCAUGAUUGCAGAACCAAGUGCUAGAAGAAAAGGCUUUGGAAAGGAAUCACUACUAUGCAUGAUGAAAUAUGGGAAAGAGAUAUUGAAGAUUGAGGAGUUUACAGCUAAGAUUGGCUUCAGUAAUGAAGCAAGCAUACAACUUUUCCAAAAACUAGGAUUCAAAGAGGUGUCCAGAAGUGAUGUCUUUGAGGAAGUCACCUUGAAGUACUCAGUACCAGACCACGCCCCCACACCAACAACAGACCUACAGGUGUUUCAGAUAGGACCUUACCGAUUAAAAUCUGCUGAAUAAA